AUGACCAAACCAUAUGAAGUACCGUUUCGUGUUACCGAAAACGACAUGAUUACCAAUAAAAACGGUGUAAAACGUAUGUCGAAGCCAAUGAUGGAGAAGCGACGUCGGGCCAGAAUCAACCAGUGUUUGAUGCAAUUGAAGGAAAUGGUCAUCGAUUCUGGCAAACAAAAUCUACAGAACUCCAAGUCUAAGCUGGAAAAGGCCGAUAUAUUGGAGCUGACCGUUAAAUAUGUGCAACAAUUACAUCAGCAAAAGCUUACGGACCGUAAGGAGAACACUAGUAGUCAACAACAACAACAGUCCACACAAUCAAUGUUAAGGGAUUUUGUUGCCGGCUUUGCCGAGUGCGCCAAACAGGUCGAGGAGUUUGUAUGCCAUACCCCAGCCGUGGAUCCGAUUGUCUUUACAUCUCUUAACUCACAUCUCAAUCAAUGUAUGACUUCGUUUGAUUCGACCGCUGACGACACUGUCAACUACAGUGUCAUACGGCAUACUCGCCAGUGUUGUCCACCAUCGCCGGCACCGUCUAACGUGUCAUCCGCGUCCAGUUCCAGUAGUACUGGUAUCAGCAGCACUAGUGGUCCGCAUCAGUCAAUGCUCGACGCCAUGCAAUUGUCACCAGUCAGUAGUGCAGCCGAUGAGGACAUGCCGUUAAACCUAUCCUCCAGUAACCGAUACCAUCAUCACCCGAUGAUCGAUGAGCAUAACUUUCCCCAUCAUUUAAUGCACGGUCAGAUACUAGACGACAGUGUCUGGAGACCGUGGUAACU